CCCAAUCCCACCUCUCUUUUCUUCCUUCUCCGCGUUUCAAAAUCCGCUCGAAAUUAUUCCCCAAACCAAAUCAAGCCUUCGGAUUUCGUACCUUCCCGAUUCAUCCCUUCCGUCCUCGGCUCUGGCUCUCCGCCAUUUGGGGAAUCGGGAGCAACCGCGCGCGCGCGUGUUCCGAGGUUUUGGGUUGGCGGAUUCUCCUGGUGGAUUUGGAAUCGGCCUUCUCCGCGCACGCACGUGGCCAUAUGUUAGCAUAAUAAUUCAGUAAAACGGUAUCAUGAGUAAAAUGUGUCAUGCAUGUGAAUCAGAAGAGACGACAUUGGAUGAGGUCCAUAUCGGCCUAACCUGCAGUAAUUAUUGCUGCCAGAAAUGUAACCGUGGUGAGAAAACAUCAGUUAUCAAUGGUGAAACGGACUGGCUGAACAUGGAUGCAAGCCCUUGCAGCACUCCUUAUGGCACCCCUAUUUUUAGCCGAGAAAGUUCUUUCUCUAGCUUUGCUAGUUGCUUUUCAAGCCUUGGUGACUCACUCAUGGACUCUGAAUCUGAAGAGGAAAUUGAGCCUCAAGAUACUGGUCAACUUAAUCCUGAUACCCUAGUCAGUGAUGAACUUAUGGAGCAAGGAAAAGGGAGUUCAAUACAAGUGGAUGAAUGUCAACUCAGCCAUGUCGCUGUUGUUGAUGAUGAUGAUAGUUUUCAUAUUCCGACAAACCAAAAUAUUUCAUCUGGUCAACAGUGUCUGGAGACACAUGAAGACGCCACCAAGGAAAAUUUUGAUGCAACUAAUAUUAUUUUGGAUUCAAAUGUAUCUUUUGAGCCUCAUCGAGAUAUACUAUGCAAUGAUCAAUCGACGGAAAUUGCAUAUGGUGUAUCAGUGGAAGAUAUUGAUAUUAAACAAUCUGAUAUGAUACAUGUUGAAGAGGGUACUAGCCUUCCCAUGUCAGGUGAUGAAAUAAUUCCAUUGAAUGAACAAGUUACGGAUCAACUUGAUAGCACCAAGGAAAAUACAAUAGUUUACAACAAUAUAUUGAGUACCGAGCCUGACAUGAAACCAGGUGCUGAUUUUGAUAAUGGAAAUGAAUGCCUGUACCCACCAGUAUUCCCCAAUUUUGAUGCAGACCCUCUCAUUUGGUUGCCACCAGAACCAGCAAACAAGGAAGAUGAUAUUUAUAUUGUUUCUAAUAACGAUGACGAGAGUGACAAUAACAGCACUGAGUGGGGUAGGUCAAGUUUCAGUGCUAGCUUUGCAGAGAGAAGCAAGGAGAGCCAUGAAGACCAAUUGCAGAAAGUAAUGUCAGAAGUUAUGAACGGGCAAUUCAAGAUCCUUGUAAGCCGUUUUUUGGCUGCUGAAGGUUUCUCUUUAUCUGAUGGAGGUACUGAUAAGAGCUGGCUUGAUAUUGUUGCUUCAUUGUCAUGGGAUGCUGCACUCCUCGUCAAGCCUGAUGCCAAUUCGGGAAAUGCAAUGGAUCCUGGUUUGUAUGUAAAGGUGAAACGAAUAGCUUCAGGAUCUUGCCAGCAGAGUGAAGUGAUCAACGGUCUUGUUUUUAAGAAGAGUGCUGCGCAUAAGCAGAUGCGUGCCAGCAUAAAGCAUCCAAAAUUGUUACUUCUUCAGGGUUCCCUUGGCCAUUCUUCCUCAGGGCUGUCAUCAAUAAAUUCGAUGAAACAGGAAAACGAACAACUGGAGAAAACUCUUAGUGAAGUGAUAAUCAAAUGCCAACCUGAUCUUAUAUUGGUGGAGAAAGCGGUUUCCCGCAACGUAAAUGAGUAUAUUCAGAAACAAGGAGUUACAGUAGUUAGUGACAUGAAUAUCCAUCGGCUGGAAAGAAUUGCUCGUUGCACUGGCUCUCCAAUAAUAUUGUUGCAGGAUGUUCUUACAAAACCCAACCUUAUUAAGCAGUGUGAGUCUCUCCAUUUUGAAAAGUUUGUUGAAGAGCAUAAUAUAACUGGAGAAGAUGGAAGGAGGACACCCAAAACAUUUUUAUUUCUAGAGGGUUUUCCGAAACCUCUGGGAUGCACAAUACUGCUGAAAGGAUCAACAAGUGAAGAACUUGAGAAGAUUAAGCGUGUCCUUCAAUUCACUGUCUUUGCAGCUUAUCAUUUGAUCCUUGAAACUUCAUUCUUUGCUGAUCAAAAAUUAUUUAUGACAGAUGGAAUUACCAAAGGGAAAGAGAACUGUUUUGAAACUGAUCGACAACUGCCUGCUUCCUAUUAUGAUAGUUCAAAAAACAGUGACACCAUGAAACAUAACAUUUCUACUUGUGAUGGGCAGUAUGCUAAUCAGGAAGAUUUUGUUCAUACUGAAAAUACUAUGUCUCUGCAUCUCCAUGAUUCCAAUAUUAAGACUUCUAGAGAUCCUGCCGAUGGAGAACUCGUUGACAUCAAAGCCAUUCAGUCAUAUUCAUCACUGCCUGUUUUAGAUCCCUCGACAAAUUCUAUUAGGAACAUAUCAUCAUCAGAUUGUCCCAAGUCAACCACCUGUGAUGGUUUUGAUGGCUCAACAUUCACUGCUACUUCCAAAAAGGUUACGAGGAAAGAAGAGUGUGGAGAAGAUUGUCAAGAAAUUGUUAAUGAUGGAAUGUGUACAGAGACCGGGCCUGCUUUAAAUACUCAGAACAUCUUAAUUUCGAUGUCUAGCCAACAUAUUAGGAAUCAAGCAGUUUGUGAACAGAGCCAUCUUUCCCGGAUAACUUAUUAUGGGUAUUUCGAUACAUCUCUUGGACGAUAUUUGCAAGAUACUUUACUUAAUGAGAAACACAACUGCUUUUCAUGUGGUGAGCCUCCAGAAGCUCACAUGUACUCUUAUACCCACCACAAUGGUACUCUCACCGUUCUUGUGAAAAGACUUCCCUUGGAGUCAACACUUUCUGGUGGGGGUCAAGGAAGAAUUUGGAUGUGGACCAGAUGCUUGAAAUGCCAUGCUAAGCCCACCCAGAGGGUUAUAAUAUCUUCCUCUGCACGUAAUCUGUCGUUUGGGAAGUUCUUGGAACUCAGUUUCUCAACACAUUCUGCUGCUAAGAAGCUAUCAACAUGUGGGCAUUUGCUGCAUAGAGACUGCCUACGUUUCUUUGGAUUUGGAUCCAAAGUUGCUAUGUUCAGAUACUCGUCAGUUGAAAUAUAUUCUGCUUGUAAGCCUCCAUUGACUUUGGAGUUCAAUAACCAAAACCGAAAGGAUUGGCUUGAUGUUGAAGUGAAGACUGUCCUUCUUCAAUGGAAGCUCCUCUUCUCUGAAAUCGAAAAUGCAAUUCAAGACUUGAAAUCAAGAUGCUCUAGUCACGGCGUGGGGGAAAACACCAGCAUUUCAGUAUACGGGGGAUUACUUUUGGAGGUGACUAGGAUGCUUAGACAAGAAAAAAAUGAAGUCGAGGUUUCUAUGAAUGAGUUUGGCCAAAUCGUAAAGCCCGAGAGCUGUGCACAUGAGAUCCUUGGUUUGAACUGGCUGUACCAGCAGCUUCUUCUUGGGUUCUAUAUUUGGGAUGUACGGUUGCAUCAUAUUCUUCAGUACAGUAAAGUUAAUGCUGCAUCUUCAGACAAUUCUGUCCACAAAAGCACAGUGGAGAAUGAGCUGAUGAAUUCCGAAGUUGCUGUCCGAGACACACCAUCAAUGAAGGAACUUGGAGUGGAAAGAGAGGAAGCAACUAUAAAUUCCUGUAAUAGCUUUGAUAAUUCAUGUGGUGGUGUAAUUUCGGAUAAGGCCCAGCUGACCGAUAAAUCAAUAAUCAAAGAACAUGAAUCUCCUGUCUACCCAGAUCUUGUUGUAAGGAUAUCUCCUGCUUCUCCUGGUGAAGUUUCUGUACCAUUUACCAAUGAUGAACAACCUGCAACAUCCAGAGUAAAUGAAAUGUAUCAUAUUGUAAUACCAAGUGAUGACACUGGAAAAUGGGUCUGGAAUAGGUUUAGCCACUUGGAAAUGGAAUACAAGAAAGAACUUCAAGGUGGUUCAUUGGAUAAGUUUCAUCUCAUCAACAAAUACAACCCAAGUUCUUCACCAUUGACACACCCUAAACAUCAAAUGGGCCUGGGGCAUUUUAUAGUUGGUCCUGGCGGUAGCAUCUUGUCAAUUGCCGAGGAAGAGAUAUCCAGCCUUAUUGCUUAUGCACUAACUAUAUCUGAACAACAAGGGUUUUAUUCUGGAGCUACAUUCGCAAAGGAUGAACUUGUAGAUAGAAGAAAGACAGAUAAAUUGGCAUCUAGCAACUUGGACAGAGAUGCUUCUCUGCUGUCAUCCAUUCUGUCUCCAGAUUACACUUUAGAAAAGAAUCAUAACUUAUCAAGAAAUGCAUCGACAUUAUCAUCUGAGGAGUCUACUUCUGGAUUUUAUGAUUCAUUUCUGUCAGCCUUAAAAGAUCUGCAUCCCGAAAUUUGUGCAAACAAUGAAAAGAUAGCUUUGAAGAGCAAAUACACUGUUGUUUCUAUAUAUGCAAAGCAAUUCCGUGACCUUCGGAAGAUAUGUUGCCCAUCAGAACUCGCAUAUAUUUCAUCCAUAAGCCGUUGUAAAAGAUGGAAUGCACAAGGUGGAAAGAGUAAGGUUUUCUUUGCGAAAACAAUGGACGACAGAUUUAUCAUAAAACAAAUCAAGAAGACAGAGUUUGACUCAUUCUUAAAGUUUGGUCUUGAGUACUUCAAGCAUUUUGGUGUAUCUCAGGUCUCAAGUAACCCUACAUGCCUAGCAAAAAUUAUGGGAAUAUAUCAGGUUAAGGAAAUCAGGAACGGCAAGGAGACAAGGGUUAAUUUCAUGAUUAUGGAAAAUCUUUUGUUUGGACAUGAUAUAAUACGUAGAUAUGAUCUGAAGGGUGCUCUUUUCUCACGAUAUGUUCCUGAUUCAAAAAAUCCUGAAAAGGUGCUUUUGGAUCAAAAUUUUAUUGAAGAUAUGCGUACCAUGCCAAUCUACAUUGAAGGAAAAGCCAAAAACCUCAUGGAACGUGCUAUUUGGAAUGACACAUCUUUUCUAAGUCGUAUGACUGUCAUGGAUUACUCCUUGUUUGUUGGAGUGGACAAACAGAAGAAGGAGCUUGUAUUUGGAAUUAUAGACUAUUUGAGACAAUAUACCUGGGACAAACAACUGGAGUCUUGGGUGAAGACAUCUCUUGUUGUUCCUAAGAAUCUGUCUCCAACUGUGAUUUCACCUAGGGAGUACAAAAUACGAUUCAGGGCAUUCAUGUCUCAGUACUUCCUAUCAGUUUCAGAUGCUUGAGUUUUGAGGCCUGAUGUUGAGGGUGUGGAUGUACGCCUAGACCACUCAGGUUCGAGUCCUAUUUGACGCGAAUUUAGGUGUUUAUUUCUUCUUAUUUAUAAUACCACCUAGUUCCUCCUAGGUUGGUCAAGUUUUUUUUUUUUUAAUUAGUUAAUUUUUGUGGUUUGUGUGUGUCUAUCCUUGUCCAUUUUGCUUCUCAGCUGUUGUACAUAGUAGCAUUUAGGACACCAGGGAAGUGCAAAUUUUAAGCAUAUGAAUGGUGAUUGACACACACACACAACCAACUAGUGUUCUUUAUUGAUGAGUAUUAGGGUGGAGAUAGAGUGUUGUCGGGGUAGAGGAGCAUUUAAUUUGCUCUUGUUUGAGCGUUUUGGAAUAUACUGCUGAAAGUAAAAGCCAUACUCUCAAACUUUGAAGCCUCAGCUUUGUGUUACUUAAGCAAAUGAAUGGUAAUGUGUGUCAAAGAAUUAUCAUUCGUUAAUUGAGCAUUUACGGUGGCAUGACAGACAUUAUCAUUGUCCUAAUGGAACCUCAUUCAGUCAAGAAAUUUCUAUUAUAAGUUUGAAGAGAGACAAGGGAGCGGAAAGAUGGACUAUACAUAAAUUCAUCGUGAUUAGUUAAAAUUAAACUAUCUGAGAUUUGCCACUCUCUGGUUCCGUUUUUCAGUUCUGUUCUGUCCAGCUGUAAAAUGGGAUUAAGGUAGACUGGACAUGCCUUAUCUUCAGCAACUAUUGAAGAGCCAAAUUUGGUCACAUGUUUUUCUGGAUCUACCAUAUGAACCAGUUGGCAUGUAUGGCAGGUUUUCAAGUCAUUAAGUUUCUUAGUGGAAGUCCUUCAUUAACAUACAGAAGUACAUAUUAGCUUCCAAGCAUCCUGAAGACCUGAAAUAUGCUUUCUGGCGUGUUGCACCGUUGUGCUCAAUCAUUACUAUACUGUGCCUCCUGAGCAAGAGCGCAUGGUGUAAGUUUCACUGGCUAUUGGUCAUCAUGCGGAGUAAAAGGUAUAUUCCAUCAGGCGCCUCACCUUGCCUUUAGCUUCUGUGGACGCGACUAUGCGAUCAUCAGCGCAUCCACCUCGGGUUCGUGGAAUCUUUCUACAGGUUAUACCGCACCUCUAGAUAUGCAGAGGCAACAGCCAACAGGUGCCACAGCUAUUAGAGAGGAAGUCGUGCCUACAGUGUGCAGCGCCCAGCCAAUUGGAUCCUAAAAAAAUGGAUUCAUGGUUUUGGGCUGUCCGCUAUUAAUUUGGGCAUCGCUAUUCUGCAAUCUGCUACUCACAAAUCCGAUCCGGUCUUCUAUGCACGAUACUGAGUUACGGUUCAGCACUGGUAUGCCCUACUGGUAUGAAUAUGCUGGACCCCCAGGCGGCAAGAUACUUGCAGCAAAAGUCUACAUAAGAACUCUUCUCAUUUUCUGGUGUCGGCGUGAAAUGAAACAUCAUGCCAUGGUCUGAAGUAUCCGCGCCUUUGUGGAACAGAUUCAUUGAACCUGGCCGAGAUUGUCUGGCCAUGAGAAUGGGAUGGUUCAACGUAUCUCUGUGACGUGCAUGGUGAAGCUAGACUUCAGUUGGUUGCUUUCCCUGUUUCUUGGUUAAGGAAUGCAUCGAUACUAUUACUAGUCCUGCUACUGAAAUCCACCUGCAGAAACAAAUCAUUUUGUUUUGAAACGUAAAGGCGCAGCCCGUGAUGGAAAAAAUGAAGAAUCGAAUGCCGUGUGCCUACUUCCGUAGUCCCAUUCUAUUCCAUGGUCGCCGGAAGUGGUACGCUAGCUUUGCGCUGAAACAGGAGUUGAGUAAACAGCAAGGGGAUGCAAACAAAACAAUAUCUUUUUAGCCUCGUCAUAUCAAGUACCCCGUUACAAUUUGUUUGACGACAUGGAAAGUGCACACAUUGGGAUAAGAUUCAAUGAAUUUGCACACUC